UUUUAAGUAAAGAAUUUGUGGUUCCAGUUAAUUCUCUCUCCUCUGCACAAACCUCAACCACACAGUUUUUACUUUAUUAAUCCCCGUGCCGGUCAAACUUGGCAAAGUAUUGAGGGACGGAGGGAGUACCUUUUCUUUUCCUCUAUUUUGGACCUUCCUGGUCUACUGGAUAGGUUACUUUAAUGAGUACUAUAGACUAUAGAGUAGUAUCUGGGUUCACUAUUUCUGCCUUUCUUGCUUUGCCAGCAUUUUGUUGGUCGGAAAUGGAAAUGUGGAACGGCUCAUUCACAUGUGACUGAGGACAUUGUCAAACGUACAAUGGGUUUUCCCAGAAAAAAACGAUAGGCAAUUCCGGAUCGGGGUUCAAAACAAAGUAUGCCAACGGGAAAUGAUAAACUCAAGCAGUCAAGCGGCAAUUCGGACGAAAGGCAAAUUCCAAAACUCGCUGAUUUUCCCUCCACUCCUGUUCUGUGCUAAAAUGCGCUCCAAGGACAGGAUCUCGUACUUCUACGAUGGGGACGUCGGGAAUGUCUACUUCGGGCCUAACCAUCCGAUGAAGCCUCACCGGCUGUGUAUGACCCAUCAUCUGGUUCUAGCUUAUGGUCUUCACAAUAAGAUGGAAAUAUAUAGGCCUCACAAGGCAUAUCCAAUGGAGCUGGCUCAAUUUCAUACAGCUGAGUACGUUGAGUUUCUGCACAGGAUAACGCCUGAAACUCAGAAUCUAUUUGGGACUGAACUGAAAAGAUAUAAUCUCGGAGAGGAUUGUCCUGUAUUUGAUAACCUGUUUGAGUUUUGUCAAAUUUAUGCGGGCGGGACAAUAGAUGCAGCACGUAGAUUAAACAAUCAACUAUGUGACAUAGCUAUAAAUUGGGCGGGUGGUUUGCACCAUGCUAAGAAAUGUCAGGCCUCAGGAUUUUGCUAUAUCAAUGACUUAGUUCUUGGAAUUCUGGAGCUUCUUAAGUAUCAUCCACGAGUUUUGUAUAUCGAUAUCGAUGUUCAUCAUGGAGAUGGCGUAGAAGAGGCUUUUUAUUUUACAGAUAGGGUAAUGACAGUCAGUUUCCACAAGUAUGGGGAUAAGUUCUUUCCUGGAACUGGUGAAAUGAAGGAUGUAGGAGAAAGAGAUGGGAAAUUUUAUGCAAUAAAUGUGCCGUUCAAAGACGGGAUAGAUGAUUCCAGCUUCACUCGUCUCUUUAGAACAGUCAUUUCAAAGGUGGUUGAGACAUAUUUACCUGGAGCAAUUGUUCUGCAAUGUGGGGCAGACUCCCUAGCUGGUGACCGCUUGGGCUGCUUUAACCUCUCCAUUGAUGGGCAUGCUGAAUGUGUUCGGUUUGUGAAGAAAUUUAAUGUACCCCUGCUGGUAACUGGUGGAGGGGGGUACACAAAAGAAAAUGUGGCUAGAUGUUGGACUUACGAAACCGGGGUUCUUCUAGAUACAGAGCUUCCUAAUGAUAUACCAGAUAAUGACUACAUCAAAUAUUUUGGCCCUGAUUAUUCAUUGAAGAUUCCUGGUGGGCACCUGGAAAACAUGAACAGCAAAUCAUAUCUUGGCACCAUAAAAACACAUGUAUUGGAAAAUCUUCGUAGCAUCCAGCAUGCUCCUAGUGUGCAGCUGCAGGAGGUACCUCCAGACUUUUAUAUACCGGAUUUUGAUGAAGAUGAGCAAAAUCCUGAUGAACACUUGCAUCAGCAUACACGAGACAAGCAAAUCCAGCGAGAUGAUGAAUAUUAUGAAGGUGACAAUGACAACGAUCACUCCAUGGAUGAUGCAUGAGCUUCCUGCAUCUUACGAAGGGAGAUAAUGGACUGCGCCCAGUUGAUUACAUCAACGAAGAAACUUGUUCAAAACUGUUAAUCGGUCUGGGUCUGGUCCGAACAUGGUGCCAUUCUAUUUUUUCGUUUCCCCCCAUUUCCAAGCAAACGAAAAUAGCUGGUGUGGAACCUAAACUGGGACCGGAAUCGGACUUGGUCAUUCUCCGGUCAUCUUUAUUUAAUGACUUGCUUCAUAAUUAAAGACCUCCUGGUCCAUUUAUUAUGAACGAUGAACUUAGGCGUUUCCUAGUUAUCUUUAUUUGAUGGCCCGGUCCCUUUAUUAUGGGCGAUUACGGUCCAUCUCUCGAUCAUCUCCAUUUGGUGACUUCUAUUAUUUAGCGUUGAUUGUUUGAUCAUAUUGGUUGUAUCUCUUUAUUUUGUUUGAUUAGCUCGGCCCAUCUUCGAGUCAUCUUUAUUUGAUGAUAUGAUUUUCAU